CAUGGCAGGUGUCUCCCUGGUCUCAGCAGCCGCAAGAAGGCUUGAGGGAAAAGUAGCCCAUAUCACUGGUGGUGCUAGCGGCAUAGGUGAAGCCACUGCAAGACUCUUCUCCAAGCAUGGAGCACAUGUGGUGAUAGCUGAUAUCCAAGACGAUUUGGGUCACUCGGUUUGCAAUGACUUGGAUUCAUCAUCCUCAGCUUCCUAUGUUCAUUGUGACGUGACGGAUGAAAAGCACAUUGAAGAUGCGGUGAACACAGCGGUUUCCAAGUAUGGGAAACUAGAUAUCAUGAUGAAUAACGCUGGCAUAUCUGAAGAGAUCAAAACAAGCAUACUUGACAACCAAAAAUGUGAUUUUGAGAGAGUCAUUAGUGUUAAUUUGGUUGGUGCUUUUCUUGGAACAAAGCAUGCUGCAAGGUUCAUGAUUCCUGCUAGAAGGGGUAGCAUAAUUAACACGACUAGUGUUUGUGGAAGAAUAGGUGGGGUGGCUCCACAUGGGUACACAAGUUCCAAACACGCCCUUGUGGGACUGAUGAGAAACACUGCGGUGGAGCUUGGGCAAUUUGGUAUUCGAGUAAAUUGCUUGUCCCCUUAUGUGGUUGCUACCCGGUUGACUUUGAAGCAUAUGAAUGUUGAUGAAGAAAAUGUCGGUGAGAUUUAUUCCAACCUAAAAGGUGCUCAUCUUGUGCCUAACGAUGUGGCCCAAGCUGCACUCUUUUUGGGUGGCGACGAGUCCAAGUAUGUUAGUGGUCAUGAUCUUGUCAUAGAUGGAGGCUUCACUGUUGUAAAUAAUGGGUUUUGUAUGUUUGGCAAAUCUGAGUAAUAAUUUGGAUGCGAGUCUUUAAACAUUUAUAGUUGGUGUUUGUAUUUGGCUAGAAUCUAGGGGUCAAGCUUCUUCAA